CUCCCCCGCGCCUGCCCGGUCCUGCCGGCGCCUCCCGCCGGGAGCAGGAAGGCCCGGCGGGCCCGGGCCCCGCCGCGCCAUGGCCGCCUUCGACACCCCCCGGGAGGCCUUCGGGGCCCUGCGGCCCGCCUGCGUGCGGCUGGCGCGGGCACAGACGGCGGAGAACGCGGCGCGGCUGCAGGCCCGGCUGGCGGCCGUCAGCGCCCCGGCCCUGCAGGAGCUGCAGGAGUACGUGCUGUUCCCGCUGCGCUUCGCCCUGAAGCUGCCGGGGCCCAAGCAGGAGCGGCUGGUGCAGAGCGUGGUGCAGUGCAUCGCCUCCGUCCUCGCCGCCACCUGCGUGAGGAAGCAGGAGCUCCUGCAGGAGCUGUUCUCCGAGCUCUGUAGGUGCCUCUCUGCCCCGUGCGGCCCGAGCACAGCGGCCCCGCUGUCAGAGGAGCUGAAGCUGGCGGUGAUCCAGGCACUGCACACCCUGAUGCAUUCAGCUUCUGGGGACGUUAUCUUGUCUCUCUAUCAACCUUCCACCCUUCCUCUCUUAGGAUUUGCUGUGUCUUUGCUUCUGGGCCUAGCAGAGCAAGAAAAAGCAAGGCAAAUUAAGAUCUCUGCUUUGAACUGCUUACAGGUCCUGGUUCUGCAGUGUGAGUGCCGGGAGCAUCGACACCUGGAUGCAGACGAGGCACAGCAAUGUGGGGACUUGUUUGCUUCUUUUUUGCCUGGAAUUUCCAUUACGCUGUCUCGGGUCAUUACUGGAGACAUCAAACAAGGUCACAAACCCGCUGUUUCUGCCAUCAGACUCUUUUACCAGAUUGUUGGCUUGGUAAUGGCUGAUGAACAGCUUGCCAGAAUCCCAAAGAAUAAAGAAAAGCUGCCAGUGGAACAAAGCAGGAUAUCAGAACUGAUGGUCCACAGAGGACCUGACUGGAGCAAAAGCACUGCUGAGAAACUCGGUCUCCUCCUGCAUAGAAUAGUUGAGUUUUCUUCAGUUCACCCUCACUGGAAGGUGAGGCUGGAGCUGGUGGAACUGGUCCACCACUUGCUGAGGAGCUGCAGCCGGUCGCUGGUGGGCUCGUUCAGCCACCUCUUGAAGGCCUUGGUUGGGCUGGUGAGCGAUGAGAGCAGCGAGGUGCAAAGCAGGUGUAGCGAGGUGCUGCAGGACAUUGCAGAGCAGAGGGUGGUGGCACAGAACAGGGCUCUUGCUGAUGUCCUCUCCGAGAACCUCCACGCCCUUGCCACGGCUCUUCCUCGCCUGAUGAGCUCCCAGGACGACGCAGGCAAGAUUUCCACUCUGAGCUUGUUGCUGGGCUACCUGAAGCUGCUGGGCCCGAGGAUUAACAUUGUCCUCAACUCUGCGUCCCACCUGCACCGCCUGUCCAAAGCUCUGAUCCAGGUGCUGGAGCUGGACGUGACGGAUGUGAAGAUUGUGGAGAACAGACGUGGGGGCAGCGAGAGCCCGCGGGGGCUGCCGGGCUCCCUGGGGACUGGUGCGUGGAGGGGCGGGUGCCAGAAGAAAUACUUCCGCUUCUUCACAGAGGAGAAAGUUUUCCAGCUCCUUCAGCAAGUCUGUCGUGUUCUUGGCUACUACGGGAACCUCUAUCUGCUCGUGGACCAUUUCAUGGGGCUGUACGGGGAAUCGGGCGCCUACCGGAAGCAGGCGGCCAUGGUCCUCAACGAGCUGCUGGCAGGAGCUGCUGGCGUGGGGGUGGAUGUCCUGCAGGAAAGGGAAGCAUCACUGACCACAGAUGAUCUCAGAGGGCCCAUAACGUCCAUUCUCGAGGAGUACACAGACCAGGCAAACUGGUAUUUGCUCACGAGUAUUGAUGCAGAAGAAACAGGCCACGAGCAGCCCAUGCAGCACGCAGGGCUCGCUGCUCGCCCGGGGGGGGCCUGCAGCAGCGCCCUCCUUCUGCCCCCAGAGCCUCCCGUGACCACCAGCACCAUGAACAGCAACAUCUGGCAGAUCUGCAUCCAGCUGGAAGGUGUUGGCUGCUUUGCUGGUGUCCUGGGGAAGGAGUUCCGGGUGCUUCUGCUCUCAGCUCUCUACCCAGUGCUGGAGAAGGCAGGUGACAGGACCCUGCUCAUCAGUGAGACGGCGCUGGGGGCCCUGGCAGACGUGUGUGAGGCCUGCGGGUACCGCUCGGUGCAGUGUUUGAUAAGUGAGAAUUCUGACUACCUGGUGAACAGCAUUUCCCUGAGCCUGCGCCAGCCAGCACACCAGCCACAUGCUGCCCAGGUCCUGGACACUAUGCUGAGGCAUUCAGAUGCCAGCUUGCUGCCUCUGGUAGAGGAUGUUAUCCAAGAUGUCCUAUCUACCCUGGAUCAGUCCUACGGUCACCAGGCUCCCACUUUCCUCAGGGUGCUCCACUCUGUGUUGACAGCCUUAGCCCAGUGGUUUGGAUCCCCCUGCAGUGAGGAGCACCCCCAGGGACAGGCUGCCAAAGGCCAGAGCGGGACGUGGUCCCUGGGGCAGCAGGUGCUGACGAAGCAGGAAGUGGAGCAGUUCUUCCUCAACUAUAUCAGAGAGAAGCAGGUGGCAGAGGGAAAUCUUCCUGACACAGGGGAGGAGGAGGCAGAUGAGGUUCCCUCCCUUGCUAAACUGGAGCCAGACAACUCUGACACAGAAGAAGCUCCCCUGCCCAGCCAUGCUCAGUUGGCCAAGGAUGUGAUGGAGAGGUGCAUCCACCUGCUGUCUGCUGGGAAGCUCCGGGUGCGGCUGCAGGUCCUGGAUGUGCUGGAGCUCUGUGUGACUGUGCUGCAUCCUCAUGGAAACCAUCUGCUUCCCAUGGCUCAUCGUGUCUGGCCAGCUCUCGUCACCCGGCUGAUUAGUGAUGACCCUCUGGCAGUGCUCAGAGCCUUCAAGGUGCUGUGUACCCUGGCUGAAAAGUGUGGGGACUUUCUGAGGCAGAGGUUCUCCAAAGAUGUCCUGCCUAAGCUGACCAGUUCCCUCCUCAGCCAAGCCCCAGCAAGUGCCAGAGCUGGGCCUGUGUACAGCCACACACUGGCCUUCAAGUUGCAGCUGGCUGUGCUGCAGGGACUGGGCUCUCUGUGUGAGAAGCUGGACAUGGGUGAGAGUGACCUGAAUAAAGUGGCAGAUGCCUGCCUGGUUUACCUCAGUGCCAAGCAACCCAAGAAAUUACAAGAAGCGGCCCAGAGUGUUUUCCUCCACUUAAUGCACAUGGACCCUGACAGCACCUGGCUCCUGCUGAACGAGGUCUGCUGCCCUCAGCAGUACAAGCCCCCCCACGCCAGCCUGCGGCCCGUGAGGCUGGGUGGGAUGGGGAGGCAGCACAAUGAGUUCACCCACAACGUGCUGCUCCUCCUGGAGCAGCUGCAGCAGCAGGAGAGUGUGACACUGCAGGCUGGCACUCAGGAGGCAUCUCCUCUGUGAUGGCCACACCACAGGACAAAUCCACAGAGCACUGGAAGGAGAAAGAGGAACCACUGGGACAGAGCUGACCUGGGAAGAUCCCGUCAUCCAACCCUUGACUCAUUCUGGGGGCAGAGGAUGCCCACCCCAGGGUACUGCCCAAGACACCCUCCCCAUGGGCAGGAGUUUUAUUUUUUCUUUUUUUAAGCAGUGUUUGGGGAUCAGGUGGGUACAUUGCCCUGUUCCUCCAGACUUGUACUUCUCUGCACAUGGUGCUUUAGAGAAGCCCGAGGGGCAAGGUAUGUCUAUUUCAAGUACAAAGGGAGAGUCAUUUUCCAGAAAUGACAUCCCAACACUGAAUCCUUGGGUGCCCCUUCAGCACCCUUCCCCCACCCCUCUAACCUCCUCAAAACUGUGCUAUUAUUCCCUCCUGUUCUCAGCAGGACUGGGACUGCCAACUAAAAACAGGCUUUUUCCAGCCUUCACCCUUCCCAGGGAGAGAAUCUUGUUUGGGGUGCACUAGAAAUCUCAUUUUUAAGAUCAGUUAUUAUCAGAAAAAGUUAAGAUGCCUUUCCAAUAAAUUCCUCAGCAGUAUUACUGACAAGAACAACAUGUCCUCUGAGAAACAUCAAGGCUGUUCCUUACACUGUGCAGUUUGCUAGGACUGGCUGCUGAGACCAGCCACACUCCCCAAUUCCCACCACUGAGCUGAGGGAUAUUCUUUAGGAAAACAUCCCAGUUCCCAGCUUGAAAGUGCUGCAAGGCUCCUUGGCCCCAGGGUGCCUGCCCUUCCCAUGGGCCAUUUCUUAGACCUCUCAGAUUUUUAGCACCCACCCCAGGGAGAACGAGGUGAAGCACCUACCUGUGCCCCAGCGGGACAUGGUGGGAUGGUGCCAGUGGUGCUGCUGGUGUGAGCAGGUUCACUUCAGCAGGCACAGAGCAGCAAGCAGAGGGAUGGUGUUUGGGCUCUGCUUGCUGCCCCUGCCACAGGGCCUCCCCUCUAGAGCACAGCAGGGGCUCCCAGCUCACCUAGAAGCUGCUGCAGCCCCACCAGCUCCUGGCUCCAUUCCCAGGGGCAAUCCACAGGUGCUGCUUCACUCGGUUGCUCACACACCCACUGGCUCCUGGAUUCAUCAGCAUCCCCCAGCACAACUCUGGCAGCCACUGCCUGCCAGCAGGCACUGCUGAAGUGGUUGUGCUGCUGCAGCAACAGGACAGGCCUUGACUGUCAAUUUGGAAACAAGCUCAGAAGUGCAAAAACCAAAGCAAUAAACUGACUGUGACACAGAGCAGAGUCUGUGUGGUGCUGGGGAUCCCACUGAGCGCCCACAGCACAUCCCAGCUGUUGGGACCAGGGGCACUGCUGCCCAGUUACCAGCUGAGGUUCCCUCCCCUUGACUCCCUGCUUUUACUCAGGCUUUACUUCUGGUUGCUUCUCCAAGAAAAAAAAACAAGUCAGUGGUUUUUUACCAGGUAGGAACAAGAUGCUGUUCAGUUUUUACCCUUUUAUGCUUUUUAAAAUGUAUAUUCAGUGCUUAACACUGGGUUGGAUUUGGUACCAAGGAACCCUUCAGAGCUGAUGUGACAGGGGAGACAGGCCAGGCAGAAAGGUGAAAUAUUACCUUUGGUCUCCAAAGCCCCCGUAGGGUUGGUGCAGAAUUUUCUGGAUUGCUGUAGCUCUUGAUCAAACUCAUCCAUCAGGUGCACACGCUGCAUCCAGCCUUCAGCUCUGGCUGGAGCUCACACGUGGGGAAGCAGCAGCACGAUGGUGCUGGGGGCUCCUGCCCAAACCAUCUGCUCCAGCCUCUGCUCCCACUGCCUCUCCCUGCAGCAUGGGGCUGCCCCUUGACAAGGGGAGCAUUCCUAUGGGAAACCUGUGCCAUCUUCCUGCAGGAUGGUACCAGCCCAGCAAGAAUGGCUGGGCUUCACCACCUGAUCACGGGCUGCAGAGGGAGAAGGCAUUUAUCCACACAAGCUGUUUGAGUUGGUCACCUCCAGGAAGCAGAGGGAUCCCAGCCUUGCUGGAUUCACCUGUUUUGAGACAAGGCAAGCCUACAAGAAAAAGCAAUAACCUUUGUUCUGGCUUUUUUAGAAUAAAGUUAUACAUGUUUCUGAAAGGAAAAGCAUAAAACUAAACAGCAUCUGCAGCACCCAGCACAGCACUGGCUGCUGCUCCAGGGCAUGUCCCAGUGCCCAGGAACCAGCCACAUCCUCCAGCUGGGUCCUCAGCACAACUGACUGCACCCAGACACCCACCAGGGCACAGCACUGGUUUCUCCCAGGAUUUUCCCCACAGCCCCUGCCCCAGUCAGUGCCACGGUGCAGGCAGUGGGGAGACACUGGCCUGUCUCAGCCUCAUGGCCGCCUGUCACAGCUCCUCUCAGCUUCAUUAUCACCCUGGCUUUAUUACAGGCAGAGUAAAUUGCUUUUGUCUGGAGCAGGAUAAUGGCCAGAAGAGUGACUGGAAAUGGCAUUUUCAUGAGGCUGGUUCCUCCCCAGCAGUGACCAGCAUGCUAAGCUCAGCCAAGUGAGCCCAUGGGCUUCUCUGCUGCCCUGCACACACCCUCCUCCCCACAUAGCACCCUAAAACCCACCAGGUUCAAGACCAAGCUGGGGGCAGCACCUUAGGGUGCAGGAAGGGUGCCCAGCUCCAGCCCAUCCUCGCCAUCCCAGAGGAGACCUGGCCUGAGCAGGCAGCUGCCGAGGCUCAGCAGGAGGGGCUGCCAGACACCUGACCCCCAGCACCCUCCUCCACACACAAACCCAGCCAGGAACACGGGGAGACCCUGCAGCUGGGGGCGCUCAAACCAGGACACACACACAGCCUACAGGGGUGGGCAGUGCUGCAGGGUCCAGCACACACAUCCACCAGGGUCCUCUUCUCCCCCUCCUGCUCCCAGAAUUUCUUAUAAACUCAGCAAAACUAAUAUCUUCUAAUAAAACUUGUUAUUUUUAAAGCUUG